UGACGUUUGAGGGGCGGAAUCUGUCGUUCAGCGAGGACGGAUACCAGAUGCAUCCGAAGCUGGUCAUCAUUCUGCUCAACAAGGACAGACAAUGGGACCGGGUGGGUAAAUGGGAGAACGGCUCCCUGUCCAUGAAGUACCACGUGUGGCCUCGCUACGAACUGUACGGAGGGGCGGCGACCAGAGAGGACGACCACCUGUCCAUCGUGACGCUGGAGGAGGCUCCGUUCGUCAUCGUGGAAGACGUGGACCCUCUGAGCGGGACCUGCAUGAGGAACACGGUGCCCUGCCGGAAACAGAUCAAAACUCUGAACCAAACCAAGGACUCCGGGAUCUACAUCAAGCGCUGCUGCAAAGGUUUCUGCAUCGACAUCCUGAAGAAGAUCGCCAAGCAGGUCAAGUUCACCUACGACCUUUACCUGGUCACCAACGGCAAGCACGGCAAGAAGAUCAACGGGACCUGGAACGGCAUGGUGGGAGAGGUGGUGACCAAAAACGCCCACAUGGCUGUCGGCUCGCUGACCAUCAACGAGGAGAGGUCAGAGGUCAUAGAUUUCUCCGUCCCCUUCAUAGAGACGGGCAUCAGCGUCAUGGUUUCUCGCAGCAACGGCACCGUCUCACCCUCGGCCUUCUUAGAGCCCUUCAGCGCCGAUGUGUGGGUGAUGAUGUUCGUGAUGCUGCUGCUGGUGUCAGCGAUGGCGGUGUUUAUAUUCGAGUACCUCAGCCCUGUGGGCUACAACCGCUGUCUGGCUGACGGCAGAGAGCCUCACGGUCCGUCCUUCACCAUCGGUAAAGCCAUCUGGCUGCUGUGGGGUCUGGUCUUCAACAACUCCGUGCCCGUCCAGAACCCCAAAGGAACCACCAGCAAGAUCAUGGUCUCCGUGUGGGCCUUCUUCGCUGUCAUCUUCCUGGCCUCCUACACUGCCAACCUGGCCGCCUUCAUGAUCCAGGAGGAGUACGUGGAUCAGGUGACCGGUCUGUCAGACAAAAAGUUCCAGAGUCCCAACGACUUCUCUCCUCCGUUUCGUUUCGGCACCGUCCCGAACGGGAGCACAGAGAGAAACAUCCGGAACAACUAUCCAGAGAUGCACGGCUACAUGACCAAGUUCCAUCAGAGGAACGUCAACGAGGCUCUGGGGAGUCUCAAAGCGGGCAAACUGGACGCCUUCAUUUACGACGCGGCCGUCCUGAACUACAUGGCGGGCAGGGACGAAGGUUGCAAGCUGGUGACCAUCGGAAGCGGUUACAUCUUCGCCACCACCGGGUACGGCAUCGCCAUCCAGAAGGAGUCCCUGUGGAAGCGGCACGUGGACCUCGCCAUCCUUCAGCUGUUCGGAGACGGUGAGAUGGAGGAGCUGGAGUCUCUGUGGCUGACGGGAAUCUGCCACCACGAGAAGAACGAGGUGAUGUCCAGCCAGCUGGACGUGGACAACAUGGCGGGCGUCUUCUACAUGCUCGGCGCCGCCAUGGCUCUGUCGCUCAUCACCUUCAUCUGCGAGCACUGGUUCUACUGGCAGCUGCGGUUCUGCUUCAUGGGCGUCUGCUCCGGCCAGCCCGGCUUCGUCUUCUCCAUCAGCAGGGGAAUCUACAGCUGUAUCCACGGCGUGCAGAUCGAGGAGAAGAGCAGCUCGGCCCUGAACUCCCCAUCAGCCACCAUGAACAACACCCACUCCAACAUCAUGCGCCUCCUCCGCACCGCCAAGAACAUGGCGUCCCUGUCCGGGGUGAACGGGUCCCCGCACAGCGCUCUGGACUUCAUCCGCCGAGAGUCUUCUGUUUACGACAUCUCGGAGCACCGGCGCAGCUUGGCGGGCCACUCGGACUGCAAGCCGCCGUACAUGCCCGAGGACAACAUGUUCAGCGACUACAUCAGCGAGGUGGAGAGGACGUUUGGUAACCUCCACCUGAAGGACAGUAACCUCUACCAGGACCACUACCUCCACCACCACGGGUCCAAUCUAGGGCUCAGCGGACCCCCUGCCAACCGGCCCCAUAGUUUGGGCAGCGCUAGCUCCCUGGAGGGCGGCAUGUUUGACUGUGAGAGCCUGGGUGGAGGAGUGGCGCCUAUCUUCUCCACCCAGCCCUGUGCCGCUCUCACCCACAGGAACAUGAGCAAGUUUGACCUCCUGUCCGGACAGACUCCUCCCUCAGGACAGAGCUUCAAGGGCGGUCUGCCGGACCUGUACGGGAAGUUCUCCUUCAAGGGAGGAGCGUCAAGUUCCUCGUUCAUCCCGGGGCACAACUACAUCGGAGGCCGAGUGGACGACGAUGGGAAUAUACGCUCAGACGUGUCCGACAUUUCCACGCACACGGUGACGUACGGGAACCUGGAGGGGAACGCCAAGAAGCGCAAACAGUACCGGGAUAGCCUGAAGAAGAGGCCGGCCUCUGCCAAGUCCAGACGGGAGCUGGACGAAAUCGAGCUGGGCUACAGGAGGAAACCGUACCACAUCAGCCACCACCACUACCAUGGACACCGCUCGUCCCCGCCGCUUCUACCUCCUGAACGGAAGAGAGGAGGAGGCAGCGGUGGAGGAGGAGUAGGAGUGGGGAACAACGAAGGGAACGCCUAUCACUUCAGAGAAAAGGAGAGCGUUAGGGAUUUUUAUUUGGACCAGUUUCGGCCCAAGGAGGGCGUCCCUCAGUGGGAGCACGUGGACCUCACAGAAGGGCCUGUGAGCAGGGAGGGAGGAGUCGGGGCCUGCACCACCCUGGUUCCUGUGGAUGAUUUUCUUAAGAGCAAACCCAAAAAGUCAGAUUCCAAGGGCGGCGGAGGAUCGGGGCUGGCGGGCGGAGACUGGGAGUGCAGGAACUGUCGGGCCAGCGGGGUCGGGGGCAAGCAGAUGUCCAUUCACGGGAGCGGGUACGGUAGCGGGAUGAGCUGCGGGACCUCGGGAGGCGGGGGAGGCAGCCGUCCCAGCUCUGCCACCUGCAUGCGCUGCGAGGGCUGUAAAAAGACGGGGAACCUCUACGACAUCAGCGAGGACAACAACCACCUCUUGGAACAGAUGGGGGGAGGAGGUGGAGGAGGUGGGGGAGGCAUGGGCGCAGGCCCUCAGUCUCAACCUCAGGGCCAGCAGAGGAGGAAGAGCGGAGGAUUUGGCAAACCCCUUAGGCGGCAGCACUCGUAUGACGCGUUUGUGGACCUUCAGAAAGAGGAGUCAGGCGGCAUGGGGAGUCUGAUUGGACUAGGAGGAGGUGGAGGGAUGGGGGGUCCUGGAAUGGGAGGGAUGUUGCCUCCGCCGAGGAGUGUUAGCUUAAAGGAGAAGGAGCGCUACAUGGAGGGCACCAGCCCCUUCGCACACAUAUUCGAGCGCCACGGCGGCUCGGAGCGAGAACGGGAGAGAGACAGGGACCCUUUGUUUUACGGAGGCGACAGCCGGAAAGGACCCGGCUCACCGUUCGGCCUGUUCAGAGGCGGAGACGGACUCCACCGCCGCUCCAUCGGAGAGAGAGACAUGAGGGACAGGGACAGGUCUCUUAUGGAAGGAGGCGGAGGCGGUUUCUCUUUAUCUAAAUCUCUUUACCCCGACAGGGUGAACCAAAACCCCUUUAUACCCACCUUCGGCGACGACCAGUGUCUGAUGCACGGAGCCAAACAAUACUACAUGAAAAAGCAACAGCAGCAGCAACAAGUUGCCAAAAACAGCCGAAGUGACUUCAGGAGCCAGAUGAGCACGGCGUCUUAUCUUCCAGCGUCCGCCACGGCUGGGGUGAUGUCUAACGUGGCGCCGCGGUUCCCGAAAGAGCUCAGCCUGGGUGGGAUGAACCACCACGGCUCCAUGCUCGGCGUCGGCCCCCCUCGUCCCUUCAACGGAAGCAAUGGCCAUGUGUACGAGAAACUCUCCAGCAUCGAGUCGGACGUGUGAGAGACGGAAGAGAGGGAGGGUGGGAGGAGGAACGGACGGACGGACGGAUGGACGGUGGCGAAGGGGGGGGUGGAAGGAGAUCAGGGAUGAUUUUACAGACUCUGUCCACACACUGCAAUCCUAGCCCAUAUUGGGACGGCAGGAUGAGGUGAAAAGGGGAGGAGUCUCAAGGAAGAAAGACUGAACGGAGCGAGGAGGAGGAGGAGGAGGAAAAAGGAUGUAAUCUUGAUUUUUGCAAGAACUGUGUGAAACUUCAGGGCAGGAGGAGCGGGGUACAAACCGUCUCUCAGAAUUUGGCCAAAGCAACUUUUAUGUCCAAGCAGUCAAUUAUCCUCGCCGACUCCCUGUCCCCUCCCCUUUUAUUCCAGCCAGCAGAGCGGCGGCGGACAGCGAGGGAGAGACAUCUCAUCUUAGUUUGACAGUGGACAUGUGAGCCUGGUGUGAUUUUGACGGCCGUCUGAGAUCUCCCGCCGAGCGCUUACGAGGAAAAGACUGCGAGAGCGGAGAGAGAGGAGCGAACUGCCCAUCUGCCCCGGUGUCACCUCGGGGAAGGAGACGUUGUCACUUGCGACACGGGACAUGACGAGCGCCUCCCUCUCUCUCUCUCUCUCUCUCUCUCUCUCUCCGCCCGGCCUGUCCAUCUCUUUAAAUCUUCUGUUCCCCCCGCUCUUCCUCCUCCUCCUCCUCCUCCUCCUCCUCCUCAUCCCCAACGCCAAAAGAGCUGAUCUUGUUUGCUGUGAGAAAUCUAAUCAUGAAUGAUAAUAAGAUAUUCUUAUAGAAAAAACAGGGUAUAAGAACAACAUAUUAUUGAUAACAUUGUGAAUAACAAAGAUGUUAGUUCUGAUAACACUGCUAAGUUUCUCUUGUUUUAUGUUUUGGGUUGGUAGAAGAGACUGAGUCCUUCACUCUCUGGUUUUUUGGGGUUUCUGUAGAAUAUUUGACUCCAUUCAUUCGUUUGUUUGCUCCUUGUGGAAAAACCAGGAUCUGGAGGACACGUUUAGAGCUGACAGAUCCUCAUUUGUUGUUUCAAGACAUUGCAAAUCAAGUGCACACACACACACACACACUUAAAACACAGCUUUCUGUUGGCCUGAACUUGUGUUACUGUGAACAACACGUUAAGACGCUAAGAGGAAGGACGUGCCUUAAUGGUCUCCGGUGGAUGUGUCCUCCUAAUCCCAAUGCGGUCCCACAACGUGGCGGCAACCAGGACGGACCAGCAUGCUUUGAGGCUGCUCUCUUCAACCAAAUCUGCGGUACGAGUUGACGGCAGGCUUCGGAGAUGUUUUAUAGAACUCCGCAGAGUAAUUUCAUAUGUUCCGUUCAAGGGGGAGGGGAGGGGGGGUCGUAUUCAGGAUGUCCCACCGUCACGGAUUGACUGACCCCUGCGCGUCUCAUUUUCACAACACGGCAGCCUUUACACACUUCUUUUAUUCAGGUUACGCCAGAACAGUCACCGGGGCAACCGCUUCUUUCAGCCGCGUCGGCAGAAGGCGCUUCAGGAAGCCUCGUUUUUUCGGACGUGUGACGUGUGACGUGUGACUCGGCGUUGCGUGUGUCACAGAUGCCGAUUUCAAAAAAACACAAAGGUCAUUUGAGAAAGUCCUCCGUGGCGUCAGGAAGUCGGCCAUCUUGUGAAAACUCUCCGGCUCUCUCUUUUGGUUUUGUUUUUCACGCUUUGACGGAUGUAGAUAGUCGCUCGGCUGGAGACGCCGAUUUUAUUGCACAGGACAUUUUACUCAGUGUAGGUUCAGGCACUCAGUAGACAUGCCUUAUCGUCCCAUCACACACACACACACACACACCCCCGCCUGCCGCCGCCGCCGCCGCCGAGCUGUCUGAUGGUGACUCAUCGUUUUACUGUACAGAAUAAAGAAGCUUCGUUCUUUUAAAGGUUUGAUCGUCGAUUAGCUGCCGGAGUCAGAAGUUCAAGGGCUGCAGGUGAUUGUGCAGGAGUGCUGGCGGAGACUGGAGCUUGCAGGAGUGUGUGGAGAGCGAUUCCCCCCCUCCAUCCGAAUGCAUGGAUGUUAUAGGCGUGC